UGCAGAAUCACAUCCACAUUUCACUGGAGAUCAUCCCAUCCUCCUAAGGACAGGGCAGGGAAAUGGCUGCAGGGGAGCUGGUGACCUUCGAGGAGGUGGCUGUGUAUUUCACCGAGGAAGAAUGGGCUCUGCUGGACCCAGGUCAGAGAGCUCUGUACAGGGCUGUCAUGCUGGAGAAUUUUGAGACUGUGACCUCACUGGGAUUUCUGAUUUCCAAGCCCAAUGUGAUCUUCUGGCUGGAACAAGGGGAGGAGCGGUGGGUCCCCGAUCUCCAGGGCUACGAGGAAAGGGAGAUCCCAAGAGAUGCCCACAUAGCAGGUGAUGGGACGGUGAAUGAGAACGAGGAGGAGAAUCUUCAGCAGGAAGGUCCGGAGCAAAUGGAACUGCACAGGACUCCAUCAAGAAGCUGUGAAGGGAACAUUUCCCUGAGUCCUGAUCAAGGAGAAGCCCAGGAAAGUCAGCACAAGUCAGAGCGGCAGCAGGGAAACCAUCUAGGGAAGAAACCAUGUGAAUCCACUCACAGGAGCAGAAGAGUUGAGAAAAUCAAAGAAUCUGUUUUGCUCAGAAUCCCCAUUGGAAAGAGACCCUAUGCAGGCAGUGACUGUGGGAAAAGCUUCCCUCAGAGAUCAGCCUCGCUUACUCACCAGAGAAUCUGCUCAGGAAAGAGAGGCAGCAAGUGCCCCGAGUGCGGGAAAUGUUUCAGAGACAACUCAAGCCUCGUUAGACAUCAGAGAACCCACACAGGAGAGAAAACCUUCCAAUGCCCCAAAUGUGGGAAAUGCUUCAGUGCCAAUGCAAACCAUAUGACACAUCAGAGAAUCCACAGUGGAGAGAAGCCCUGUAAGUGUCAUAAUUGCGAGAAAAGCUUCAGGGACAACUCAGACCUCACUAAACACCUGAGAAUCCACACGGGGGAGAGACCCUACAAAUGCAAUGAGUCUGGGAAAAGCUUCAGUGUCAGCUCCCACCUUUCCCAUCAGAGACUCCACAAGGGAGAGAGGCCCUACAAGUGCCAAAUGUGUGGUAAAAGCUUUAGUCGGGACACACAUCUCAUUGGCCAUCAAAGAGUCCACAGAGCAGAAGGGCCCUAUGUCUGCCCUCUCUGCGGGAAAGAGUUCAAGUACUACUCAAAACUUAUUAAGCAUCAAAAAAAUCCACCAAGGGCACAAACCCUAGAAGUGUCCUUGCUAGGGAUGGGUCAAGUGAAUCACAACUUGACUGAUUUCCCCAAAUCUCUGAGGGUCAGGCCAAGCUGGAGUGGCCAUGUACUGAGGACAUGCAGUUGUUAAAGCAGAGAAUGAAAUCACCUUCCUGGAACAAAGUCAGUUAGAGGAAGAACCUGAGAUAAGCUUCCCACAUUGUGAAUGAAUUUGAUUAUUAUUUCUCGAGAAGCUCUGUAGGUCCUGUUCAGCUGCUUUUUUCAAGUUUGGCACCAGUGUAUUCUUAUAUACGGUGGCUUCUGACUUAUUCCUGAUAGCGUUUGAACUAAUGAAAUUGAUACAUUCAAGAGCAGCAACGGGCUCAGUUAGAUUCAAAAUGCAACAUCCUGACCUGGGUGGUGGGCGCUGAGUUAGGACAACGGUUUCUUUGUGACUUUAUUGCUUUGAACAAGGGGGAACAAGACGGAUCUCAGUUUCUCAAACUAUCUAGAGAGGACACGAGAGUGAAAUUGAGUCUCUGUGGGUGCGAUGGGGCCUCCAGGAAAGUUUGUUUAAAGGUUUAUUGUACGCUGUACAAUCUAGCAACUGUAGUUACCCUGAGGUUCUGCUUUUUAUUCCCUUAAAUUCCAUGAAUUAUAGAUCUAGAAGAUUUAACUAGAUAUCUUAGUUACUGGUUAUUACCGUGGAGUUACAUGCUUCCACUGGCAUGGGUCUCCAGCUGUUCAUUUUGAUACAUGUAUCCACUACACCAGGGAGGGCAAACUAUGGCCCGCGGACUGGAUCUGGCCCAUCAGGGCUUUCAAUCCAGCCCACGAGAUUGCCAGCCCCAUGGCGCAGCGGGGCUAAGGCAG